AUGGCAGAUGAGUUUCCGUCCCUAGAUUCAUCCCUUGAGGAAGAUAUUCGUCACGCCAGAAACUUAGGGGAAAACCAAGUGAAAGCUGAAAAACCUGAUGUUAUAGACUUCCUUCCCGCAUCAAGUAUUCUCGUUGAUGAAGAACAAGAAGCUAAUAAUUCAAACACUUUAACAAAAAUCGAAGAAGAAAAAUCGGACCGGGAGCUUACACCGGUACCUGAGGUUCUUCUUGAGUGCGCUGAAAAUGGAAUGAUUGAUCACGUAGAGAGAAUAUUAGAUCAAGACCCAUCUCUUAUUAACUGUAGGGAUAGCGACGGUUACUCGCCGCUUCACAGAGCUUGUUACAAUGGACAUUUGGACGUGGUUAAAGUUUUCUUGCAAAGAGGAGCUGAUGUUCAGGCUAGGACAGAGGAUGGAUGGCAACCAUUGCACUGUGCAUGCAGAUGGGGUGAAUAUGAGCUUCAUGCAUUGCAAGUUGUAACGGAAUUAUUUUAGAGAUCAUCCAGUCUCAAAUGACUGUCUUUUAGAAAAUGCUUGGUUUUAGUUGGUUCAUGGGCUGUUCUUUUCUUUAUGCUCUUUGAUUAAAUCCUGAGAUUUCUUAUUUACUGUAUGUAAUUUUGUGCAAUUUGAGCUGGAGGUGCGCUGGGAAAAAUUGCACCAAUGCAUUGUAUUACAUGUCCUGCAAAGUGCGUUUGUAUACCCUCAAUCAAAAAGUGUAUGCAUCACUCUUCUAAACUCAUGACUUAAUUUGUAAGUGUAGAAUCCAAAAAGUGUUUGGAAUAACCUGUUAUAAGUUAUUAUUCUUUUAGCAUUUUGAUGGAAUUGGUGCUUACUUGAUACAUGCUUGAUCUAUUCUUCUCCUCUUGUUCACAGGGAAGACUAAGGUGGCAUCUUUACUUUUGCAAAAUGGUGCUGAUAUAAAUUCACAAACCAACGGCAAGCAGACACCCCUUCAUUUUGCAGCAAGUGGGGUUGGUGGAACCUCAACAUUGCAAUUGCUGCUGUGCAACAGAUGGCUGGAUGCCAGCCUCCUAAACAUGCAGAAUGAAACAGCACUAGAUAUAGCUAGACGAAGUGGAAAUCACUAUAAACUGUUUGAAAUUGUUGAAGAUUGUAUCAAUGUUAAAUAAUAAUACAAUACUUUGAUAAGUAAAUUAAUUAUAGUACAUUGACUUAUGUUCAUCAAAGAGCACUUGUAAAAAUGGAGGUUUCAGAUGCCAUAUGCUUGCAGCACUGUAAUACAAUAGAAUUCUGUCUUUCAUGUAUGUUUGCAGCACUGUAAUACAAUAGAGUUCCUUUUUUCUCAAACUCCCAAUGAGUCUAACUAAAAGGGGUCUUCUUUCACCAACAAACCAAUCUUUGAUUUUCCAGACCUUCAUAUAAUUGAAGCCCAGAAUUCUUUAUCUGAUGACCAUUUUACA